AUGUUGACGACGGCAGGACGGCGACUGUCGCGCAUCGGCGCCUCGCCACGGCCGCGAAUGCGCAAUUACACUUUGGGGAACAUGCCACCACCUCCGGCCGUGAAUAUUCGAACUCAUGAUAUGAUUUCGCCGCAAGAGCGAAGAUUUCUAGAAGCCGCAGAACGAGGGGACAAACCAACAUUGCAAGAAUGCCUUCUUACGAGAGAGGGCGAAACACCAUUGAAUGUGAAUUGCUUGGAUUCUAUGGGACGUUCCGCAUUGGAAAUUGCUGUUGAUAAUGAAAACAUUGAGGUUGUGGAUCUGCUUCUGAAACAUCCAGACAUUCGCAUUGGUAACGCUCUUUUGUGUGCCAUCCGAGAAGGUGUUUAUCGUCUCGUGGAAAUGCAGGUGAAUCAUCCAUCGAUCACACGUGAAAUGUUGGGUGAUGGUUGGGCACAGCAUCUCGAUCCAGCGUCAGCAGCUUCCGCAGAAUAUUCAAGCGACAUUUCACCCAUAAUACUCGCUGCACAAUUGAAUCAAUUCGAAAUUCUGCAGAUGUUGCUCAGAAAAGAUGCCAGGAUCGAGAGACCACAUCGGUAUUCGUGUAUAUGCGAGACUUGCGAUCGUGAGCGAUUGAACGAUUCACUACAGUACUCUUUGAAGCGUAUUAAUACAUAUCGGGCUCUAGCUAGCCCAGCAUGGAUGAGUCUUACGAGCCCUGAUCCAAUUCUCUCUGCUUUUAAACUCAGUUGGGAGUUACAACAACUGGCAGUAGUAGAGCAUGAGUUCAAGGAGACUUACCUUCAGCUUGCAGAACAAUGCAAACAGUUCGCAUGUGACUUGAUGAGUCAGUGCAGAAGCAGCGAAGAAGUCAUCGCUGUAUUGAACAAGGAGUGCAAUCCACAUGAUGAAAACGUCGACGUUUGGGCGUCAAAAUUAAGCCUAUCUCGGCUGAAGCUUGCCAUCAAAUACGAACAGAAAGCGUUCGUCUCUCACCCACAUUGUCAGCAACUGCUCACUUCGAUCUGGUACGAAGGAUUUCCUGGACGACAACAGAGAGGAUCAGCGUGGAAUAUCAUUGUUUGUAUCGUUCUGAUCAUAUUAUGGCCGGUGCUCGCCGUAUGCUAUAUACUGAUGCCGAAAAGCCGUAUUGGACGAAUAGUGCGCUCACCGUUUAUGAAGUUUCUCUAUUACUCAAUUUCCUUUGGUUGUUUUUUGCUGCUACUAACAUUGGCAACGUUUGAAAGUUACCGUAGUGAAAAAGGAGAGCGAAAGGGCGGUGGGAGAACACGUGCAUCAGAUCGUGGUCCGCCACCAACUUUUAUCGAAUCUCUUGUAGUUGCAUGGGUGCUCGGAAUGCUAUGGUCGGAAAUCAAACAGCUUUGGGAGGAGGGGUUCACAAAAUAUGUCCAUCAAUGGUGGAAUUGGCUGGACUUUAUCAUGAUCUGCCUGUACUUGUGUACGAUCUCAGUGAGAUUGAGCGCCUACUGGAUCUACAGCUCUCCUGACUAUUUACACCGUUACACCAUUCGAACCCAUUGGGAUGCCUAUGAACCAAUGUUAGUGGCUGAGGCACUUUUUGCUGUUGGAAACGUUUUCAGUUUUGCACGUAUUAUCUACCUAUUCCAAACCAACCCCUACCUCGGACCACUACAGAUUUCACUAGGUUGUAUGCUAGUGGACGUCGCCAAGUUUUGCUUUAUUUUUGUCUUAAUCAUAAGCAGUUUUAGCAUUGGCCUGGCACAACUUUACUGGUACUACGAUCCGGAAACUCCUGUGUGUUUAUCGCCUAAUGAGUGUAUACUGGAAUCUAAUGUGUUCUCUUCCAUUGCUGACUCCUAUCUAACGCUCCUAUGGUCAUUAUUUUCGAUAACAAAAGUGGAAGACACAGAUGUCGCUGAGAACCAUCACCUCACUCAGUCAGUUGGACGAGCGAUGUUCAUCAUGUAUCACUGCACUUCAAUCAUUGUCCUUCUUAACAUGCUUAUCGCCAUGAUGAGCCACUCCUUCCAAACUAUAAACGAUCACGCCGAUCUAGAAUGGAAAUUUCAUCGGACGAAAUUAUGGAUGGCUCAUUUUGAUGAAGGUUCUAGUCUUCCACCUCCAUUCAACAUCAUUAUUACUCCUAAGGCAACGUACUACUUCCUUUUCGCCCUCAUCAACACUUGUCGAUGUUUGCUUGGUAAAUACACCUAUACGAAGAAUCGAAAUCGUGCCACAAUACGACGGCCAGGAUACUCUAGGAAGCGGAAUCAAAUGGAGAAUCAUGAUGACGAUACGAAUAAAAAGCCUUUAACAUAUGCAGAUAUAAUCCAGCGAUUAGUAGCGAGGUUCAUUCAUCAAACAAAGAAGGACAUGAAAAUGGACGGUGUUAACGAAGACGAUUUGCUGGAGAUUAAGCAAGACAUCAGCAGUUUAAGGUAUGAGCUGCGAGAUGAUCGCCGAAGAGAAAUCGUUCGUAGUUCCUCCCAUAUCGACGCUGUUAAACGAGAUAUAAUGAGAACAAUGAGCAAUACAAGAAACCGUGUACUUGGGGGCAGUUAUAGAAUUCCGAGACAUCGCUCUUCUGUUGCUGAGGAAUUCGAAGCUUCCAGUAGUGAUGGUGAUGAAAGAGAGGACACAGUCUCGCUACUUUUCACUCCACCCGCAAACUCAACGCUUCCGGAAAUAUUCCAGGAUAAGCAGUCUUGUGAUGAGGACAAAAAAGAGAGACGUAGACGUUGCUCAGAAGCUGCCGGUGGGAUUUGUCUGGCUGAGAGGAUGAAACUAAUUGGAACACGGCGGGGAUCUGAAACACGGGAGCAUUCGCUGCUUCGAAAAACUGAUACGGCGUUCAGCUUCCCGAUUAACGGGAUUAUGAUGAGCCCACCCGCUCCGAGAACUCCAAAGAGCGUUUUGAAAUCACCCGAAUCACCGCAAUAUAUUAAAAUGGCCGUCGAUUCCACUUCACUUGAAGCAAUCCAAAAUCUCCGCAACGAGCUAAACCAGAAAUUGGAUCUUCUUAUCAGUAGCAUCCAACUGACUGCAAAAGCUGCUGACAUAAGUGAAGUGACAAAAGUUAGCGACCUAAACAGCAAUCUCACACCUUCACCGAAAAGAAACAGUAAGGUGAACUUCACGGAAGAAACAUAA